AUGGCAUCAAAUAUUUCUAGCAACUGUUAUUCUGGACACAAAAUCGAUCGUUAUAGUGACAACCGACAUCGUUCUACAGAUGAAAAAGAGAACACCUCGAAAAGUCAAAAUUCAACUGACGUAUCUCGUUGUAGUAUUCGCGAACGACUCAUCCACUUGUUGGCGUUGAAGCCAUUCACCAAGUUGGAGCUAACUUCACGGUUGCAAAAGGAAGGAAUACGUAAUCAUGAGCGCUCGUCCAUUAAUAGCAUACUCAUGGCUAUUGCUCAGCUCCGGAACCAAAUGUACCACCUUCGAGUGCAUAUGUGGUAUUAUGUGAAUGAAAAUUGGCCCUUCUAUACUGAGGAAGAGCAGAACCAAGUCAAGCGGAAUAAGCCAAAAGAUCCAACUCCAUCAGACAAUUCGACCAAGGAAGAGCAGAAUCAAGUCAAGCGGAAUAAGCCACGAGACCCAACUCCAUCAGACAAUUCGACCGUUGGAAGCUCAUGUGAAGUCUCAAAUAGUGCAAACACAUCUGGACUAUCUUGCUGUCAUAUUCGGGAACGACUCAUUCACUUGUUGGCAUUGAAACCAUUCAGCAAAGUAGAGCUAUUUUCACGAUUACGAAAGGAGGGAAUUCGUGAUGAUGACCGUUCGUCCAUUAAAAGCAUACUCAUGGAUAUUGCUUCAGUCCGCAACAAUGUAUAUAGCUUACGUGGGCAUAUGUGGGAAAAUGUGAAUGAAAAUUGGCCUUUUUAUACUGAGGAUGAGCAGAAUCAAGUCAAACGGAAUAAGCCACAAGACCUAUCUCCACCACACAAUUCGAACGACAGCAGCUCGUGUGGGAGCCUGAGUCCAUCUUCAAGUCCCCCACAACAGAUAGACAGUUUGGAAUACGAAUAUUUACCGCCAGCAAAGAAGCAACGUAUAAGUCGUGUCAGCCCUAACAGUAAACAUGACGUCGCCAGCUCUAACAGGAUCGGUAACAAAACUGAUAAUAGUACAACACAGUUCAGUAGCCAUUCGACGAAGAAAGAUUCUGCGUAUCAAAAUAAUUUGUACACGUAUGAUAGUGAUAACACUAAUCGUGUUUUGGUCAGCUCUAACUCAAGUAACAUUACAAUUAACAACCCGACGCAUUGCAAUAACCAUUGGACGAAAAACGAUUCUAAGAAUCAAGAGAAGGACAUUUCGAGAAACAAUGGCGACCAACUUAACCUGAAAAACGAUGGAAAUUCAAAACCCGAAAGUGAUCUGCCAAAGAAGAACGGAAGUUUAACGGACUCAGCAGCACCAGCGACAAGAAAGAGUUAUACAUUGAUUGAUAUGUUCGGAGAUGAUACUGCAAACCCUACAAAGAGAACUACCAAAGAUGGGUCUCAUAAAAGGAAGGCUACAACCUCUGACCUACAGCAACAAACUCAACCUCAACGGAAUUUGACAGAGAGGUUGGUUGAUCUAUUCGGCGAUGAUAUUGCAACACCCCCAAAACAGACCGCCAAUGACCGGCCGCUUAAAAGGAAGAAGGAAACGGACCAUAACCUACACCAACAACAACCUCAACGGAACUCGCCAGAGAUGACUGAGAGUUUGGCGGAGCCGGUGGCACCAGCCCCUAGAAAAGAAUAUAAGUUGAUUGAUCUAUUCGGCGAUGACAUUGCGACCCCUACAAAAGUGACCACCAAUGACCGGGAAAAGCGGCAUAAAAAGGAGUCUUCAGAUCAAAACUUGCGACCCCAAUCGCACUUGUCAAAGAAGAGCGAGACUUUAACAAAAUCCAAGAAGCAAAGAAUGAUUGAAUUAUUUGGAGAGGACUCUGAUUAA